AUGAGUGCACCAACCGGUCGUUCUCAGUCAGCUCAGAACUCAUAUUACGACGAUCGUCGAAUCUCUCCUCUUAAACAGCAACGUUAUGUCGAACAAGGUUACGAAGAGUACGGAUCACAGUUGACAAGUUCACCCGGGCCAGACGUUGACGGUGCAAUAGCACGUAUGGGGAAUAUGAGAAUCAAUGACGAUCGUCAAAUGCUACCACCUCCUCGCUCAAGCUCAACCCCAGUAACCUCGUCCGGGUUAAGAGCGCCGUUUACUCAACAGAGAAGUACUUCCCCACGUCCUCGUCCAAACACUCAAGAGCACCUACCUUCUGCCCCACAAUAUCAAAGACAACAAGAACAAGCUCCACAGUAUCCAAGGUAUCAAGAGCAGAUGCCCAUCAAUUCACAAUAUUCAUACCAAGAUCCAAUGCCUCCUGCUUCGCAAUAUUCAAGUCAAGAGAAGAUUUCUUCCAAUUCACAAUAUUCCCAUCAGGAGCAGACAUCUCCUGUUUCACAAUAUUCACACCAAGAACGGUUGCCACCUCCCUCUCAACAUUCACAUCAAGAGAAAAUGCCACUUUUACAGCGUUCACUUCAAGAGCGAGCACCUUCUCCUUCGCCUUCUCAGUAUUCCUAUCAAGAGAAAAUCCCACAACAUCCACAAUAUUCCGAGCAGGUUCCCCCUUCACGACACCCACAACAUCCACAGUAUUCCGAGCAGGUUCCCCCUUCACGACAUCCACAGCAUCCAGGACCUACGUCUCCUCCGCAGAAUCCACAAGUACAACAAGAGUACGCGCCUCCUUCACAAUAUCCGCAACAGCGGGCACCCCCUUCACAAUAUCCACAACAUCAAGAGCAGGCACAUUACCCACAACAACAAGAAUAUCAGGAUUAUGGUUACCAAGAUGAUUACUAUAAUAAUUAUCCUCCUCAGGAUGCUGAUCCUUCCUCUGGAGUUAUAAGCGCUGACGCCCGGCAGCAUUACUAUAAUCAAUACGAAAAUCCAGAAGGUCGAGAUUAUUAUGCCGCCGGACAAAAUUAUGAUCCGGCUACAGGAUACCCUGAGGAUUAUCCUCAUCAACAGUAUGCUUAUGAUCAAGGAGCCUACGAUUAUCAGCAAGCCGGAUACGGAUAUGAUCAGUAUCAACAGGAAUACCCACCCGGCGAAGGAUAUUAUGGUGGUGAAGGACCACCUCAAUACUAUUACGAUCAACAACAGUAUUACGAUCCGAAUUACGAUCCAAAUUACGAUCCAAAUUAUUAUCCACCACAAGCACAUCCGCAGGAUGGGUACGGUGCCCCAAUGUAUUAUGACCAGCAACAAACGGGUCAAUCUAGUCUACCAAUGAGGACAGAUUCACAGAACGAAAAAGCAAAACAAGAAUCUGCUCCUAAAGAGAAACCUUCUUAUGCUCCAGAUGCCAUAGAGAAAUAUCGAGCGAGAGCUAAAGCAAGUGGAAAUCCUGCUACUUUAUUUGCUUUCGCAAAAUACUUGGUCGAAGCUGCAGCCGAGACGGAAGAAAAUGAUCCUGACCCGAAAAAUGCAAAAAAGAGGAAAGAAGCUCUGUUACAGGAGGCAAUUAAAUUGGUAAAGCGACUAGCUCAAGGAAUGGGCUUUGGCCGACCAGCAUACCCGGAAGCUCAAUUUUAUCUCGCAAAUUGUUAUAGUAAUGGUUCUUUGGGAUUACCAGUCGAUCCCGACAAAGCAUUCAACCUAUAUAUGCAAGCAUCGAAACAGAAUCACGCUGCUGCUACGUAUCGUACUUCGGUAUGUUAUGAGGUGGGAGCUGGAACAAAACGAGACCCACAUCGCGCCACGCAAUUUUACAAAAAAGCUGCCGCGUUAGGUGACACUGCCGCCAUGUACAAACUUGGUAUGAUUAUGCUGAAAGGACUGUUAGCACAAAAUCCAAAUCCCCGUGAAGCUAUCAUAUGGCUUAAACGUGCGGCGGCUAAUGCCGAUGAGGAAAACCCACACGCCCUGCAUGAACUAGGGUUAUUACAUGCCAAACCGGAAAAAGAGCCGCCUGAAAUUCCUUCUCUAAUUAGAAAUGAGAAACAUGCUAUUGAAGAAUUUAAGCGCGCCGCUGAUUUAGGAUAUGCCCCUUCUUGUUAUAAACUAGGUACUUGCUAUGAAUAUGGUCAGUUAGGAUGUCCUGUUGAUCCGCGACAGUCCAUCAAAUAUUAUUCAAAGGCCGCUGAAAAAGGUCAUCCUGAAGCGGAGUUGGCGUUGUCGGGCUGGUAUUUAACGGGUUCGGAGGUCAUAUUGAAGCAAUCUGAUGCUGAAGCAUAUUUGUGGGCACGCAAGGCAGCUGACAAAGGUUUUGCAAAGGCCGAAUAUGCCAUUGGCUACUAUUCCGAAGUUGGUAUUGGUGUGAAACAGGAUAUUGAAGAAGCAAGACGUUGGUACAUGCGCGCAGCCGCACAAGGUAAUAAAAAAUCGAUGCAAAGAUUAACAGAAUUAAAGAAACUUGGGAGUCAGAGUCGAGUAAAACCUGCAAAACAUACAAGAGCGCAGGCAAACAAAGAGGAUUGUGUUAUAUCUUAA